GUUUUCACCACUUGGUUGCAAUUACUUUUGUAGUGUAAAAAUUAAAAUAUGUCUAUCAAAAGCUCACUGCUCUCCUCUGAAAUGGAGCCUGCUGAAGAUGUAAAUUGUAUUGAAUUGGAUAUUACAGAUGAAAAAUCAGCUCUGCGAAGAAGGGUUGACACAGAAGAUCGUAAUUUAUUUCACCAGUUGGAAAGUGAUAAAAUUAAAACGAGGAAAGGUGACAUUCAUGUGGCUAUUCAAGGUGAUCGCAACGCGAAGAGGACGGCUAUUGUUACGUUGCACGAUAUUGGUCAGAACCACGUGUCAUGUUUUCAAUCUAUCUUUUGUUUCCAUCAAUUCAAACCGCUACUGAAUAAUUUUACUGUUUAUCAUCUAAACUUCCCUGGCCAAGAAGAAGAUGCAGAGGAGUUACCUGAGGAUUAUAUUUAUCCAACAAUGGAAGAAAUGGCAGACGUGGUUGAAGAAGUGUUCGCGUAUUAUAAUUUAAGGAAUACAAUUUGUUUUGGGGUUGGUGCUGGAGCUAACGUCUUCAUUCGGCUGGGCUUAAAAGAUCCGAAACAUGUGGAGUGUUUGAUAUUAGUAAAUCCCAUUGCUGGUACCGCCUCCUGGUCGGAUUGGGGUCAUGAAAAAGUUUUAAGUCAUUAUUUAAAAACAAAAGGAAUGACGCAAUUUUGUCAGGAUUAUCUACUGUAUCAUUUUCUUGGUAAAUUUGACGAAAAUACCAAAAGAGAUUUAGCUGAUGCUGUACGAGAUGAUCUGCAUCGAAUCAAACACCCACGUAAUCUUUCGCUGCUUAUAGAAGCUCAUGCUAAAAGAUCAAACAUUAAAAUGAAUCGUCCCGUGGCUGGGCAGUCUGCCAGUGACACGUUAAAAUGUGGUGUCCUCAUGAUGACUGGUGAGCAUUCGCCCGCGGUUGAUGACACUGUUGCACUGAACGCAAAAUUGGAUCCGACCAACUCAACAUGGAUUAAAAUAGCAGACGCGACGAGUAUGGUGCUUGAAGAACAGCCCACUGGUGUGACAAACGCAAUCGUAUUGUUUCUGCAAGGAUACGGACAUGCCAUGAAAAUGCGACCACCAGCAUUAUCGUUCACUGGACAUGAACAAGUAGAAGGACCGCCUGCAGUGUGUUAAUUCUUCCCAUACACGAGCAGUUCACGCCUAUGUGCAAUUUCUCUUCUGACUGGCUGUAAUUUACAUGGUGAUUGGAUAAUAUAUCAUUCUUUAAUUGGUUGAAAAACGUUUUAAUAAAUUGGAAAGAAAAUAUUAGAAAGAAGUUAACACGAUUUUAUUUACAUUAAUGUGUUUUACACGUUUUUAAGUUGUUUUGUGUGUAUUUGAAAUGUUUGUGAAAAAAAUGAAAGGUUGAACGUAUCUCCCUACUUUUUACGCACAUAAACCAAAGAACUUAUAUUGAAAAUUCAAAAUGUUUGGAAAGAAUUAUAUUUUUAUAUAUUUGUUCAUAUAUUGAAAAGUAGAGUAUACCAGCUGUCUCGUUGAUGAUCCAGUUGGGAUAAAUGCUUCAUGUUCUGUUUUGACAUCUUUCGCUGUUCCUAGUCAAUCUUCAAGUCUCCAUGAUGGAUGUCGUACGCCGGUAAUUUCAAUAUGUUUGACGUCAUGUACAUGACAUGAAUUUAUUCAGAAGGUUGUUAGUGUAUAAUUUAUUUAUUUUGUGAGCAAUUGUACAUUCAGUAAAAUACAAAAUAUAAAUGAUAAUACGA